AUGUUACAAAUUAUUAUUUAUGUUGGUAUACGCAUUUUCAGCCACCGGUCCGGGACCCACUUUUUGUACUGUUUUAUUGUAAUGUAAAUAAGUUAGCUGCAUCUGCAGCAAUCAAUCCCCUUGUGUAACCAUUGCGAAACGCUAACGACACCCAAAAAUGGCAGCCAGGAUUCUAAUUCUAUGCUGCGCAGUGUCAUUCGCCUCCGCGGCGGUGAAGCUCCAGGAGUUGUAUUCGUGGAACGCGUUAGAUUGGAACUACCCCGAUUCCAUAUCGAAGCAACAAGCAAUCAUAUCAGGUGCUCUGAGACCUGAGAACGCCCUUCCGGUAGGAGUGGAGAAAUGGAGAAACAAGCUUUUCGUCACCGUCCCUAGAUGGCGUCCAGGCAUCCCUGCAACCCUGAAUUACAUACCGUUGGAUGGUCCGUACGACCCGUCUCCGAAACUGAACCCCUACCCAGAUUGGAAAGGCAACGAGUUGGGAAAUUGUGAAAGCGGCCUCAACACCGUGUACAGAAUCAAGGCGGACAGCUGCAACAGACUGUGGGUGCUGGACGCUGGCACUUAUGGAUAUGAUCCAAAUGUCACUAACGUCUGCCCAUACUCUUUGAAUGUGUAUGACUUGAAUAGAGACCAGCGCAUCCGCAGAUACGUAUUCCGUCCCGAAGACAUAGUGUCCACCACCUUCAUCGCCAACAUCGCCCUUGACAUGGGAUCCAGUUGUGAAGACACCUUCGCUUACUUCUCUGAUGAACUUGGAUACGGAUUAAUUGUCUAUUCCUGGGAACAAAACAAAUCCUGGAGGUUUAGCCACAGUUAUUUCAUGCCAGAUCCGUUGGUUGGUGAUUUUAAUAUUGCGGGACUUAACUUCCAAUGGGGAGCUGAAGGAAUUUUCGGAAUAUCAACCUCGGCUAUUGGGGCUGAUGGAUACAGAACACUUUACUUCAGCCCGCUAUCGAGUCAUACCGAAUUCUCGGUAUCCACGAGAAUUUUGCGUGAUGAAUCGAAAGUUAGGGGCUCCUACAAAGAUUUCAAAGUACUAGGGCCGCGUGGCCAAAACGCUCAUACCACGUCGAAAGUAGUCGAUGAAUCUGGAGUACAACUGUUCAACUUGAUUGAUCAGAAUGCUAUCGGUUGCUGGAACAUAGCUCUUCCGCAUCGACCACAGAAUGUAGCCGUCGCUGACAAAGAUGAUGUAGGAUUAGUCUUUCCAGCUGAUAUUAAAAUUGACGAUAAUAAAAACGUAUGGGUAUUAUCUGACCGAAUGCCUGUAUUUUUAGAAGCAGAAUUAGAUUACAGUGACAUAAAUUUCAGAAUAUUCACAGCUCCUCUGCAGACCUUGAUAGAAGGCACUGUAUGUGAACCAAGAGUUCCGGUUGCUAUCAAACCUGCAAAAUAUAGAGUACAAGAAAACGCAGAAGUAGAUUUUCCUUUAAAACCACAACUUAACUAUAAUAACUAUGCUCCGGCACCAAUGUUAUGGCCGCCAUCUCCAAUGCCAUACGACUAUUUAUCUCAAAAUCUUCUUACUAAGAACCAGCUCCCAAGUUACGUUGAAAUAGAUUAUCCUAAACAGCCAUCCGUAGCAUAUAAUGUGCAAACAAACAAACAAAUAUCUCAAAACAAAAAACCAUGGUAUGUCGCCCGCAAUUAUAAUGUAUACGAGUGAAAAUGAGUAAGUUUUGAAUAAAAUCAA